UUCGAUAGAUAUUGAUUCGGUGAUGCAUAAAAGUUUCUUGCUUUUUGUGAUUUUAAUGAAUCUCAUAAGGGCGACAGUAUUGUUUUUUUGGUUGAGAAUAUUCUAAAAGAAUACAAUUUACUUGAUAAAGUGUUUGCGUUUGGCUUUGACAAUGAUACUAAUAACACCUUUGUCAUUCCUAUACUUAAAUAAAUUUGUCCCUCUAGCAGCACUGUACCAUUGGUAGAUGUCUACAUCAAAGUACAGUCUUUAUCUUACAAUGGGGCGGAGCCGGCCUUCUCUUUAUUUCCUCCUCCUACUCCCCCUAUUUGUCAAUCUUCUUCCGUUUCCCACAUCUGCUGAUCUGAACAAUGGCACAAUAAUAGCCCUUGGCAGCGCUCUGAUUGCAUCAGAUGGGACCAAACCGUGGCUCUCAUCGCCAUCCGGUGAUUUUGCAUUUGGGUUCUCACAACUCAAAGGCACAAAUCAGUUCCUUCUGGGCAUAUGGUAUGCCAACUUAAACGACGAUCACCCCAUAGUUUGGAAUGCUAAUACUGGCUCUCCAGUGCCACUGGGAUCAACGCUUCAGCUCAGCGUUGACGGGCUGAUUCUUGUCGAUCCUAAGAGCAAUAAUACUCUAUGGAAGAUUGGUGUUGGUAAAGUUAAACAGGGCAUUUUAUACGACACGGGAAAGUUUGCCAUCUCGGGCAGUGGUUCUGCAGUGCUGUGGGACACCUUCUCACAUCCAACGAACACUUUGUUGCCGACCCAGAGUUUGGAGAUGGGAACCGUGCUCAUAUCUCGUAAGGAAAAUGAUCCCAUGACUCCGGGAAGGUUUUAUCUUCAGAUGCUUGACAGUGGGAAUUUGGUGCUCUCAACUAAGAGUGUACCCACUAAUUCAGACUAUGAUGCUGAAUACUAUAAUAGCCAGACAGCUGCUGGUUCAGGGUAUAAACUGAUAUUUAGUGAGAAGGGAUCAAUUUCUGUAUUGAAGAGGGACAACACAACAGUCCUGGAUCUUUAUGUUCCACUUUCUAGCUCAAUAGUUUUGGAAAAUUACCUCAGACUGACUCUCAACUUUGAUGGAGUUCUGGGUCUUUAUAGGUAUCCCAAGGUUUCAACAAGCGGCAAUCGCAGUUGGAUUCCUCUUUGGACUCAGCCUGAUAAUAUAUGCACCAAAAUAACUGGAUCAAAAGGCAGUGGGGCUUGUGGGUAUAACAAUGUCUGCUCACUUGAUACUACAACUAACAGGCCGUCUUGUAAGUGCCCUCCAGGUUACUCACUGAUUGAUCCCAGUGAUCAAUAUGGCAACUGCAAGCCCGAUUUCGUUCCCACUUGCGAUGGAUCAUCAUCUAACAACUCGUCGUCAUACGGGCGGUUAAUUGAGGUGAAGGACACGGACUGGCCAUUAUCAGAUUUUGAGCAGAUAAGUCCAUCCAGCAAGGAGGAUUGCAGGAACGCGUGUUUGGAAGACUGUUUUUGUAGCGUUGCCAUUUACCGGAGCAAUAGCUGCUGGAAGAAGAAGCUGCCACUGUCUAAUGGGCGCAUCGACACCAGUUUGGGUGCAACCGCUUUCCUUAAAGUAAGGGAAGGUAGUGAUGUUCCUCCAUCGUCUUCCAAACAUGGUUAACGAGACCACAUGUUUAGUUGUGACCUACCUGUUUUUUGGCAGAGUAGAGAAUAUUACUUAUCAAUAAAUUGUUCUAAGUGUG